UAUCUGAAGAUACUAAAACAAAAAGCAAUAGUAAUAAAGCAGCCAAUUUCAAUGCUGAUAUUGCAUCUGAGGAUGAAAUUUCUAGCACAAUUUCCACAAAUUCUGAAACUUUAAAAACUAAUUUGUUUAAAAGGCAAACAAUAUUUACUAUCUAUGUUUUACGUCCACUAUUUGAAAAGGAUAAACCACAUUUUAAAAACUUGGUAUUACGUAUAAUUAUAUCAAAUAGUCUUUCUUUUACUUUCAUAGAAAAUAACAAGAUACAAGAGGUUUUUAACUUUAUUGCACUAGCUUUAAAGUUAUCUAAUCGACAGGCAGUAAGUAAUCGAAUUCUUCCAAGAUAUUUAGAAAAGUUAGUUGAGGAUAUUUUACAAUAUAUAUGUGCAAAUAAAAUUAGAGUAAUAGCAGCAUUUGACGGAUAG